AUGGCAGUUAACAUCCAAGCACAUAAAGGAAAAACAAAGAACCAGCUACAGAUUGCGGUCUGUAAAACUAUUUUCCUAUCACUCUCUUGUAUUUCUAUUUCUAAACACAGCGGUGCUGGUGUACGUCGUCGCCGUCGAAAAGAGAAAGAGGGAGAAGAGGACGAAAUUUGUUACAAGUACCUAUUGGUUCAAAAACGAAAAGCAAAAGAGCAACAGCAGCGCAAAUCUCAAAAACAACGUGAAUCAAAGACUAACAAACGAACUAAACGACUAUUAUCUACAAAAUCAAACAAAUCAAAUCGAAUCUACGACAUACUCCAUGAUAUACAGAGUCAAACAAGCAGUGUUACACCAUUGUCUGAUGAUAUUAUGUUAACAACACCAAAGGAUAAUUCGACGGUCAAUCGAGUUACAGUUCAACGUAUUUCAAAUAUAAAUGAUCAAACAAAGAGAAAACUUACGGAUGCCUCCUUAGUGGGUCUAACUAGCAGCAGUCGAAGCCCACUGACAAUUAGUUCAUCGCUUCCAAAGAAUGUAGUUCAGCCAGAAUCAACUAUUAGACAAAAUGUUGCAAUGCCGGUAACCGUGAGAAGAUUAUCUCGUGGGCCAUCACAAACAACAGCGGUUAUCCAUCUUAAAUCUGUUCCAUCUGAACCCGCAAUUCCGUCAAGUGCACCAGCAUCAACAGUGAGCGUGAGAACAUUGCCUCGUCGCCCACCUCAAGCCACGAUAGCUAUUCAUCGUUCAACUAUACCUCAAGUUAAGUCUGACAAGAACAAACCUACACGAAGGCUGGAAACAUCUAAAUCCGUUCGACAGGCUCCAGCGAUGAGACCGAGUAUAGCAGCUUCAGUAAGCGUGAGAAAAAUACCUCAGCGACUAUCUGAACCAACCGUAGCUACUUAUCGUUCAACCGUCGUUCCUUCUAAAUUUGCUAAUGAUAAAUCUCAAGAAGAUGAAACACCAGAUAAAGCAGACAAAAGUGGAGUUUGUGUUUAUCGAGUAUCUCGACGUUCAUCUACUGUAAAACCUGCCAUUCCUCAAAAAGUAUCGCGCGCAUCGUCGACCAUCUCUGAACGUAGCGGAUCGCUUUCAUCUGACACGUCACUACCACGUCCUCGUCCUGCUUCAGCUGCUCGUCCACGGUCUAACGGCGCUAAAGUAGUGAAAGUAACCCGACAGAAGAGGCCGUCAAAUUAG